AUGUCUAUCCAGGCCACUCCUCUCCCACAAUCUACUGCAUUUUUCCUCUGUGACAUUCAAGAGCGAUUCAGACCACACAUUUGGCAGUAUCCUCAUGUUGUUGCUACUGCCAAUAAAAUGGUUCAAGCAUCCAAGGUUCUUAAAGUACCGCUUGUUGUGACAGAACAUGUUCCAAAAACGUUUGGAACAACAGCAGCUGAGCUGGAUGUGACUACCGCUGUAUGUUGUCUGUCCAAGACCAAGUUCUCCAUGUGGACGGAUCAAGUCAAGGAUCUUGUUUUAAACAAACUGCAAUCCAAGUCAGCAGUGCUGUUUGGUAUCGAGUCUCAUGUAUGUGUAACUCAGACUGCAUUAGACUUGCUUCGAAACAAUAUUGAUGUCUAUGUGCUUGCAGACGGUGUAUCUUCAAUCAACAAAGAUGAAGUCAAGAUCGCACUCAAGAGGCUUGAGCAAGCUGGUGCUAUCAUUACAAGUUCUGAAUCUAUCCUGUUUCAAAUGAUGGUGGAUUCUACGCAUGAGCAGUUCAAGGCAAUAUCUAAACUUGUCAAGGAUUCCAAAGAAGCUUCUGCUGCUGCUCUUGAAACCUUUGGUCCAAACCUUUGA